AUUGCGAUUUAGAUCGUAUGUUCAGCCGCGGCAGAUCUCGGAUGAUAUUUAUAUUUUUCCCCUUUUUGUCGUAAUUUAUACAGUACUUAGUAGGUAACAAAAUAAGUGCAAAAGUGAUAUUUAUUAAUAUUUGAGUGUUUUUAUUGUUAAAUACGAUAUAUUUAAAGAAUGGAAAUACAAAAACAAAGGUUUUAUGAACAUCUGUAUGAGCGAAGGAAAGACGUUGCCGACAAUAACCGUGGUUUACCGAUGGAAAAGUACUGUGCUCUUAUUGAGGAAGUAAAAAAUGCCAAAGUUGCCGAAAGAAAAAGUCCAAGAAUGCACUGGCUUCUAAAACACUAUGACGUAUUAUUGGUUCAGGGUAUGGAAAAACUUAUAGUGCCUCUUAAUAAUGAAUCGGUUGAUGUAAUAUAUUACGUCCAUGACGAUGAGUUAUUUGAUAUUCUUCAAGAGGUACACACAUCUACAGGUCAUGGAGGUAGAGAUCGAAUGAUGAAAAAAACUAAAGAAAAGUACAAGAACAUAGUACGUACUGAAGUUUUAUUGUUUAUUAACCUGUGCGUGUCAUGUCAAACGAAGCAGAAAAGACAAAAGAAGGGAAUAGUGUCAAAACCGACGAUUUUCAACGAUUGGAAUUCACGCUGUCAAGUUGAUUUGAUAGAUUAUCAAUCUCAUGCUGAUGGCAAAUACAGAUAUGUUCUUGUAUAUCAGGAUCACUUGACAAAGUUUGUUAUUUUGCGGCCACUUGAAACUAAACGCUCAGAAGAAGUCGCUUACCAACUUUUAGAUGUUUUUACCAUGUUCGGAGCCCCUGUGGUUUUACAAUCUGACAAUGGCCGCGAUUUUUGCAGUAAGAUUAUUGAAGAAUUAAAAAAAUUGUGGCCCGAAUUAAAGAUGGUACAUGGAGAACCACGCCAGAGUCAGGACAGCCUCGAGUGCGCCAAUCAAGAUGUGGAGAACAUGCUAACUACCUGGAUGUUGCAAAAUGAAACGGAGCAUUGGAGUCAAGGUCUAAGAUUCGUACAAUUUAUGAAGAAUUCUGCUCUGCAUUCUGGAAUAAAAAGGUCUCCGUAUGAAGCCAUGUUCGGGCGCAAACCAAAAAUUGGAUUGAAAACUUCAAAUGUUCCGUUAGAAGCCAUAGAUGAUGUUACAACUGAAGAACAUUUGGAAAACAUAGUUACAUUUAGUUGUAUUGACAAUUCGCAAACCGGCCAAUUAGAAUCGCAGCAAUCAGCGAUGGACAGUGUAAAAACUGAAAAAGAUUUAGAGGAAGUAGUUCAACUAAUUGACACUGACAACGCACAUACCGAACAUGAACAAUCGCAAUCACUGAAAUCGGAACUGAGUGAAGAUAAUGAUUAUUGUCAAAAAAUCUCAUAUGCAAUGUGUAGCAUUUGUUUCAAUCCUACAAAUUAUGAAGCUUUAAAUGUUGAAAAUGCAUCUUCGGAAAAUAUUUGCAACUGUUGCAAUAGAGAGACUAACAAAGCAAAUGUCAGAAAGGGCGCCCUUGAUGGAUUAGAGGUGCAGGCAAAACGAAUGAAAGUAAUUUCAGAUAGCACUCAUCCAAAAUCGGAGAUUGAAUUAACUGUAAAAAUUCCCGUUCCGGACAUCAGUCGUGGUCAAGGAGAUGCUAGGUCAGUUUUAGCAGUAGUGCUAGGAGCUACAGCAGAUGCCUUUACCGCUUGGGUACGAAACAAGGAGUAAUUUCAAAAUACUAUUGUCGUUCAGAAUUCAAUACCUACAUGUCUUGUCAUUUCGACAAUUGAAGAAGUCUCUAAAGACGAGGAACUGCCUCUUAGAUUGGUGGCUAUAGAUCAAUCUAACCUACAUGGUCAAGGAUUUAAAAAAUGUUAUUAUAAGACAAAAUGUCAAUCGAAGAAAUGUGUUUAUCGAAUAUAAAAUGUAAUAUGUAACAUGCCAUAAUAGUUUAAAUUGUACAAAUAAAUCAA